UGUUCUUUCAGACAUUCUUUCCUCGACAUACGCAGUCAGUGAUCUUAAUAUUAUGUGGAAUGACUGUGUAUGCCUUUGCCAUUGAAGUAACGAUACAACAAACUGGACUUGCUAUUCUGGGAAGGAACGCCGUUUUAAAAUGUCACUACCGAGAGACAUCUUCGUCUACCCAAUCGGGACUCGUCUACUGGAACUCAGAUAUUGAAAAGAAUUUCAUCAGUGGUACAUCGAACACCAGUACCACAAAUACUUACCGCCCUCAACGGUAUCAAAUGUGGUUUGAUGGAGCAUCAAAUGGCGUCUUAAAGAUUUUGAAUGUGGGUUUUGACGACGAGAUGACGUAUGCAUGUGGUGUAAUCACAGAAAGCGGGAGCGGCCUAUCAGAAGAUUUUGAGCUUAUUGUUCUAGCUCCACCGUCUCAUGUAACCAUUGAGAGCAACGGAUCCAGCAGCAGUGAAGUGGUCGUCGUUAGUGGUCAAUCCCAUUCAAUUACAUGUACUUCCGGGUCAAGCAAACCUAGUGCGAGCAUCACGUGGUCUAAGGUAGAUGUGAACUUUGACCUCCAACUUCAUAAAUUAGAUCAGUCCACCACCCCUUCAGAAUCAGAUGAUCGCAUGGUGAUUACACAGCGUCUGGUGAGUUUCAUACCAAUGCCACCCCAUGACAAGAAGAGAUUACGUUGUGCCGCUUCUCAUCCUGCACUCGAAUCUACGCUAUCAUCCACGGUGACAUUACGAGUCAUUGUUCUCCCUCAUGAUAUGAGGCUGAUCUUGAAAGAACCCAACAUCGAGACCACCUUAACCGGAAACCUUGAUAUAGAUGAUGGUGAUACCACCACCUUCCAAUGCCUGGUCCUUCAAGCUUCUCCUGCAGCCACAAUCUCCUGGAGGAUUGGUGAAUCUCCAGGAGAUACCAUUGAUGGGGAAACCAGGGUAACAGACAGAGGUGAUGGUCUGAUGGAUACCGAUUCUCAAGUCCAGCUGGUUAUUUCCAGCGAGCAACACCAUAAUCGUCAUCUGACAUGUGAAGCUACUCUGCGUAUCAACUCGAAGACCCACCAGAUUGCAAGAUCCGUUACUCUACGUGUUCAUGGACCCCCAAACAUGGUAACAAUUGAAGGAACAAACAACCUCAUUGAAGGUGCUCAGAGCUCGAUAACCUGUUCAGCGCCCAACGCUUUCCCUGAGCCAAGGAUCACCUGGGACAUUGAUGGUCGUGACGUCACGGGAAUGACCACUACAGGUGCAAAUGUAACAGAUAGAGGGCGCCUUACCGUAGAGAGUUCUCUACCCCUUGACGCCGAAAGAAGCGACAAUGGGAAAGUUGUGACGUGCAGAGCAAUUCAUUCCAGUGUCAGUGGUGGGGAAGAUCACGUGACGGAUGCAGCAGCCACACUUGAUGUUCACUAUUGCCCAUCGAAUAUCACAACAACAUGUCCUGUGGUACGAGAUUGCGACGAAGCCAGAGUUCGAUGCAGCGAGGUGAUUAGCAACCCGGCCACCGUCGUGAGGAUGUUUCAACAUGAGCAGACCGUUUCCCAAACCUUGACGACUGUAGAUUACAGAAAUGUGACGUCUCCGGUCCAUGGGGUAAAGACAAAUGUCAUUUACGAGAGGCAAUUCACCAAGGACAGUGGUCCCAGGGAGUUCCGAUGUUGCACAGAGUCUUCUUCGAUUUGUCCAAACAUAAUCUGUCAUCGCUGUAGAGCUGACAUUCAGUAUCCUCCUGAAGUUUAUCGGCUUCCGGAAGGUCAAACACUUCAGGUCACAGAGGGGGAUAGUGCUAAUUUGACGUGCUGCGCAGACGCGAACCCCACUCCGGAAGGACUGAUCACCUGGAGUGUACAAGGUCGACAUAAUGUCUCCUGUUCACCCGAAGGCCAUUCACGUGUUAUUGAAACAGUCAGGGGAUCCACAGGUGACGCUUGCAGCACGUUGACCUUUGAACCUGUGACCGCAGGGGAUGCCGGGAUACACGAAUGCAUGGCUGACAAUGGAUUCGCUACCUCGUACCAUGUCACCUUCGAGCUCCAAGUAAAAUUCCCGCCUUGCGCUACGGCAGACCAAAGCUCCAUGUUAUUAAACAAUGGGAGUGACGCUACUCUACUGUGUGACGUCAUUUCAAACCCACCAUCCGAGGUCACGUGGUACUUUAAUAACCAACCAAUCAACACGAGCAGUCCGCGGUAUCAGGUGACUACUGGUGGCAGCAGUGGGAUCAAUCACAUGCUUAUAAGAAGUGAGAUUGAAAUACUUGGCAUAUCUGCAUCGAUUGACGCAGGGAACUAUUCCUGUAUGGCGUACAACUCUCUGGGUAAUGUCACGAGCGUCACUCAUCUUAAAAUUGCAACCGCACCAGAUCCACCGACGGAACUACACGCUCCCAUAAACUCAAUAAAAGAAACAUCGUUAUUGGUGGAAUGGAAACCCGGCUACAACGGUGGCAAGGAACAGACAUUCCGAUUGGCUUAUUGUUUGGUUGACUCAAUGACGUCAUGUUUUCAGAUAUCCAACCUUCGUAAUAAAACAUCCUUCGAGUUUGCAGAUACCCUUAAACCAUACACCUUAUAUGCCAUUAGUGUCUGGAGUAAGAAUGAAGUAGGGAAAAGUACCGAAGUUUCGAUCAACGCCUCGACAAAACCUUUGUCACCUUCGGACUUAGAAUUCGAAAUCACCUACAGCCCAAGCCAGGGCGUGGUCAUCAUGCAGUCUGCAGGCGGGUCAGCGAUAGAUGGCGCUAUUCCCAAUGACCUCUGCAUCCGGAUUGAGGUCAAUCUAGGUCAGGACUGGGUCCCAGGAGAAGGAUGUCUUGAAGUGGGCGUGGUCAAGACUAUACAACGUGAUCUAUUGGAAGGUCAGCUUCGAGGAGUAAGCUGUGGUCGAGAGUUAUGUAGCAGCCACAGUUCAGUGAUUGUUCAAAACAGCCAAGGUAUCCCCUGGACUAUUAUCAUAAUCAUAUCUGGUUCCGUUGGAGGCAUCAUAUUAUUAAUAAUCAUUAUAAUCUUUUGUUGGUGCAUCUGCCAGAGGAAGAAAAAUAAGAAGGAGACAAUUAGAGAUCUCAAAAAAACAGUAUCAUCUGAUCCUGUCCAGCGGACUUCGAGCAGUUGGUACCAACCUUUGUCCUUCUGGAGCAAUUCCCUACCACCUCCUGCUCUACCACCGGAUAGGCCGAGUAUCAAGUCCAAAACGGAUCCCGACGGUGAAGGUAAGUAUCAGACUGACACUUACGAGAUUCCGGAUCAACCUCCUAUUCGGACAUUCAUGUAUGACGACACUUCACCGAGGUCACCUUCUGCAGUGAGAGAAGACCCGGAUGUUGCUGAUGAUGGAUAUAUUCCGAUGAUGACCAACACAAUGACAACAUUCACGAAGCCGUCCAUCAAACCUAAACCUCCUAAACCAUUACCUAAACCCUCAGCUACAUAUGACAGCAUCAAAGGAGGGAUUUAUGAGAAUCUCAGGAUUUGAAAGGAAAGGGUUCUAGAUAAAAAUAUAUAAUUCUUAUCAUACCCAAAGGAUCCACUUCAGCUCUUCUGAACUGUACUCUUCGGACCCUGCAUAUGACACGAUGUUAAUAUUACCCUUUUCCAUUCUACAUGAAAUGUCAAGCGCCUAACAAGACGGCAAAGGGUCCAAUUUUUGUCUCACCUGCAUAGCAGAGUGAGACUGUUAUAGAUGCCGCUUUUCCGACGGCGGCGGCGUCAAUAUCAAUUCUUAACCGAAGGUUAAAUUUUUGAAAUGGCAGCAUAACUUAAAAAGUAUAUAGACAUAGUUCAUGAAACUUGAACAUAAUGUUAAUCAAGUAUCACUAUUAAAGCAUUCUGCCUGAGUUUCGGGUCACAUAAUUGAGGUCAAAGGUCAUUUAGGGUCAAUGAACUUUGACCAUGUUGGGGGUAUUUAUUGAAUAACCAUCAUAACUCUGAAUGUGUAUGGAUCUAGUUCAUAAAUCUUGGACAUAAGAGUAAUCAAGAAUCACUGAACAUCUCGUGCGAGUGUCAGGUCACAUGACCAAAGUCAAAGGUCAUUUUAGGUCAAUGAACUUUGGCCAAGUUGGAGGUGAUUAAUAAAUUACUGUCAUAACUUUCAAAGUUUAUGGAUAUAGUUUAUGAAAGUGUUAGGUCACAUGAUCAAGGUCUAUUAUUAUUAAGGGUCAAUGAACGUAUUAUUGUAUCAUUAUAUGAAUGGUGUUUUUUGUGAAUAAUUAUUUUAUAGUAGUUUUAAACUCAGCACUGCUGCUGCUAUAUUGCAUUGCGUAAUGCAGGUGAGACUGCCAGAGGCGCUCCACUGGUUAGUGUUUGGUAUGACUUUACCCCGCGACCUACAGUACAUGAAGUUGCCGCUCUACCACUGAUGUCCGGUUAUCAAACUCUCUAAAUGCAAAAGAGCUAAUCUGGUCCCUUAAUAUCACACUUUUCUCGGAUUGAGACGAACUCACUCAUUUUCGAUCAAGAUUUGCAUCUUUCUAGAGUGGAUUUUACCUCUUUUUUAUGGUAACUUCCGUAGGAACUCGGCAGGACAGCGCUCUGCUGGUAAACGCCAAGCUGGUAUAUAACCAAUUACCUAGGAAACAUUUUACGUCUAGGUUAAUCAGUCAUAGUGGCUGACCUUAUAGACGACAGAAAUUACUCUCGGGCUUGUUUUUAUCAAAGUGGAGACAAUGGCAGAGUAGGGAUUCGAACUCACAACCUUGCGAUUAUGAGCCCAAUGCUCUAACCACUGGAUCACACGACCCGUGUGGACUGGAAGUGUCUAAAAUGAUGCAAAGUUCACCCCAGUAGGAGCUAUAAUUCACUCCAAAAGGACGUGCAGUUCACUCCAAAGGGAUUGGUCCCUACUUUCACUCCAAGAGGAAUGUGAUUAGUGAUUUGAUUAGCUCUUUUGCAUUUAGAGAGUAGCAUCAAAUUAUUAUUGGAUUGGAUAGUAAUAGUCUGGAGUGACAUGCUGGGAGGUCGUUAAAAGGGUAAAAUACCACUCGGUCGACACCGACUUUGACUACCUCUCGUCUGGGCUCAUCCAACAUGGUCCAAUCCUUGUUCAUCUUCAAUAUAGUUCGUCUCCCAACUUAUCGAUAUAAGCAAAUUUACCAUUUUGUGUAAUUAGCUUCCAUUUUUGCUUUAUCAAUUUCGAGAGGCGGACCAUCCAGGCUAUAUUCACAAGUCCAUUUCGGGGAGGAGGAGGGGGGCUAUUAUUUGUGCUCAAUCCGCUCGUAAAAAUUGUCUAAUCAAUCUGGGCAUCAGAGUAAAUUGCAGUAAGACUAUAUUAAACAGAAUAUUAGAUGAAAAUGUAGCCGGAUCAGAAUUAUGGUAAUUUCAUUAAAUGAUAGUUUAUCAAGUGAUUUUAUCGACGAUCCACAACGGCCAGAGACGAUUUGAGAAUUAGACCAAUUGCUCGUUUAUCAAGUUGAUUCACAAUUUUUAGUUCAUUCACUUGAUUCAACAUGAGAAGUCUUUCUGCUCUAUACGUCCGAUUUGAAAUGUUCAAUGUUUAAAGAAACUUCAUACAACGCUCUUCGAAAUAAACUAUUGGAACGUUGCAGUGGUUGUGUAACAGUUUAAAAUCAUGCUAAAUGUAUUGAAUAUUGAAUAUAAAAAGAAAUUUUCUUCUUUAUAAUUUCAAACACCUGUUUUAUACUGUCAAACAGCUACUGUAAAAUACACAUUAUUUUAAACAGUGUUUGUACUGCAUGUUCUUUGUAUCAUAAUCAUGUACAUUUAUUUGCGAUACUUUUACUGAGUCAGUCUGUCAUCAGAAUUGCAUGUUGCAGAAAGAGUUGCAAUCAAUCGCAACCCAAAAAAUCAUGCGCAACUUGAUUUUCAACCAAUCAACAGCCCGCAUUUGGGACUUGCGAUUGAUUGUUUGACUUGCGUUUAAGCGCAACUCUUUCUGCAACGGGCCACUGAUUAUAUUACUUCGUAAAACAAUUUCAAUGAUAUCAUCCUUGUGUAAUUGCCUUUUAUGCUGUUUUAGGCCUUACUUGCUUCGUGUGAAAUUUUAUUAUUGUACACAAUUUGCUAUGUUUAUAACGUGGAGAAGGUUUAAGGUUCACCAUGUGUAAUAUGAAGAAAGGAAAUGAAAUACAGGCAGAAAAAAUCAUAUAGAAAAACGAGAAAGGAUGAAAAGAGGAAAUUAGAGGUAUUAUUUUCUUGAAAGUGAGUAAAUUCCCGAAAAGGACUACAUCAGAUGAGAUGUGCUGAAUAUGGCUUGAGUAGCGAUGGUUUGAGUAGUAGCAGGAUGAAGUGAAGAGAGGUUACUCGACGUUUCGGGUAGGUUGACUGUCCACCUUCUGAAGACGGACUUAACCUGGUGAACCGUAAACCUUCUCCACGUUAUAAACUCCACCAUGCAAACCUACACAGCAAACACUGUGGUGUUAACCGGUGUACAUAGAGGACCACACCAGUUAUUUUACACCGGUGUUGAAUUGGUGGUGUUAGUUUUACACCUAUAGGUGUCAUUACAACACCUUUGGUUGUUACAUUUACACACUUUGGUGUUAUUUUUAAUCUCUAGGGUGUAAUUUUAACACCUCUGGGUGUGGUCCUCUAUUAACACCAACUGGUGUCAGUUUUAACACCGCAGUUUUUACAGUGUACAAAGAUCAUUUGCUAUGUUUACCUGUUAUGAUUUGUUUUUAUUGCAAAGUGGAAAAUAUUUGAAAUAAAUUAUUUAAUUGAUUCUAUUGAUGAUUAGGUGCAAUUGAUCGUACAAAUAAUGUGUAUGGUCGGUCGCUAAGCCUUCUUAUGAAUGCGAUAGGAACAAUAUGAUCCAAAAAUACGCCGUAAUGUGAAGUACAAUAAAAACUGUUUAUAUCAUAUGCACGUUUAUAAAUCAUUUGCC